UUCAUGAAUCAUAGCACACCUUACUGUCUUGGAGAGAAGAAGGCAAUCAAAAUGGUUUGGAAUGCGAAAGUCUUCUUUGGCCUUGUCUGUUUUUUCGGCUAUCUCUUAUUUUUCACUUACGCAGUAAAUGAUAACGAUGAAGAGCUUCGUUCUACACGGAGUUUGAGAUAUCGUGUUCCCCAAAGGAGAUUUGGUUACAGAGGUUUGAGAUAUCCUUCUUCCCGAUGGAGAUAUGGUUACCGACGUUUGAGAUAUCCUUCUUCCCGACGGAGAUAUGUUUACCGACGUUUGAGAUAUCCUUCUUCCCGACGGAGAUAUGUUUACCGACGUUUGAGAUAUCUUUCUUCCCGACGGAGAUAUAUUUACCGACGUUUGAGAUAUCUUUCUUCCCGACGGAGAUAUGUUUACCGACGUUUGAGAUAUCCUUCUUCCACAUCUACAAUUCGUAGGUCUAUUUUUCGUCGUCGUAGAUCUGCACGUCCACCAACUCAACGUCCACCAACUCAACCUCCACCACGACAGCGUACUCCUUACUUCAUCGUAUCUUCCGGUUUGAGGACAGGUCCGCUGGGUCGCGUUUGCAAUCGUCGUAAUGAUGCGAUUUAUAGACUUUCUAAAAGGAACAAAUUCAUCAGUAUUGAUAGCAAUACUGGAGUAGUGAAUUGGAUAGGAACUCGUUUGGUAAAGAAAUGUAUCCUUAUUUCAAGCACCGUCAUUCAAGUACCCCGAUACGGGAGACGUUCGAAAUUUCCUUUUAAGGUAAUUAUAUUGCCGAUAUACGAAGGUGACAGUGAACUCGUAAAUUAUAAACCAAAAAAAUCAAAAAAUAUCAAGAAAUAUCAGGUUAGUGCUACUCCAAAAGGAUUACAUCGAUUUUUACUACGAUUAGCAAAAAUAUUUUCAAAAUCGGGAGUAAAAGAAGCUGAGGCAUCCAUCAAAUUAGAAGAAGCUCUUUAUGAGGCUCGAGAGAAUGUUGUAAAAAAUACUAAGAAGGCUUUUAGACGAAAACUUAGAAAAGCCUACCUUAAGGGUGUCUUCCUUCCAUAUAAUGUCUUGUUUUCUGAACUCAAGUUAAAAACGCUUCACUAUAAAUUCGGUUGUACAAACUUAAAUGAAUUAUUACCGCCGAGUAGAAAGCAGUGUAUUUCAUUUAAAUUUCGAACAAUUAAUGGCACAUGCAACAAUAUUUUGAAUCCAAGAUUUGGCUCUGCCUCUAUCCCAUUCCGAAGACUGGUACCUGUCAAAUAUCAUGACGUCCAUGGUAUAAAUGAUCCUAUUGGCUUUCCAAAUCAACCUUUUGCACCUCAACUCCCUUUAGCAUUAGAAGUUGCAGAAAAAUUUAUCAUUGGUCAAUUAAGACAACCAAUUAAACGGAAUUUGAUUUCUCAUGCUGUGAUGCAGUUUGGACAAUUUCUUGAUCAUGAUAUUACAUUUACAGCUGAAAGUGAAGAUGGUGAAAAAUGUUUAGAGGAGAAAGGGGGAUUUGAGAAAAAUGCGACAGCUCCCCCUUGUUUCCCUCUUUUGGAUCGAGCAAAAACCAGGUGCAUAAAUUUCACUCGCUCAAGUUCUGUUUGUCUUGCUAAUGAGUUUGGAAGGAUAAAAAAACGCGAACAAGUGAACACGCUUACUGCGUUUGUUGAUGGUUCACAAGUCUACGGCUCUAAUGAUGAACUUGCCAAAAGACUAAGAAGUUCUAACGGUUUUCUUAAUGUUACAAUUACCAAAACUCAUGGUGAUCUUCUUCCACUGGCUAAUUCUUCUGACCUUGAGCGACUGGAACGUUUUUGUAUUGGUUUUGGCGGAUGUUUUCUUGCUGGCGAUGGUCGAACUAAUGAGCAUCCGAACUUAUUAUCUAUGCACGCGAUAUUUGUUCGCGAACACAACAGAAUAGUAAAAGAGUUUGGCCAUAUCAAUACACAUUGGGAUGGAGAAAGAAAGUAUCAAGAAGCAAGGAAAAUUGUUGGAGCAAUUUUACAAAAAAUUACAUAUGAAGAUUUUCUUCCUCUGAUUUUAGGUCCAAACUCGCUUAAACCAUACAAUUCUUAUCAACCUAAUGUUAAUCCAGGAAUCUUUAAUUCUUUUGCUACAGCUGCCUUUAGAUUUGGUCACAGCCUUGUAAGACCUACCUUUGAUAUACUCAACAAAAACUUUGAGCCAAUAGCUGAUCCUUUGCCUUUAAGAUUAGCAUUUUUUAAUAACACCUUGAUAAAAAAACUAGGAAUUGAACCAUUUCUGCUCGGACUUCUUGCCAAUAGCUCAGAGAAAUUUGAUCGUAAACUUGCUAAGGAUCUCUUGGAUGAAUUAUUUCAACGUCCAAACUCUCCUGGAUUGAAUUUAGCCGCGUUGAACAUCCAACGAGGACGGGAUCAUGGACUUCCUGGAUACAACAGCUUUAGAGUCGCUUGUGGCCUUAAAAGUGCUUCAACAUUCUAUGACACUUGCAAUGAAAUUAAGAACUUUAGAACGAGAUCAAUUUUGAAAAAACUGUACAACGAUGAUCCAGCGAGAGCAGAUUUAUGGGUAUCGUUGCUAGCGGAAGAUCCAGUGAGAGAUGGUGUUGUUGGACCAACGGCAAAAUGUAUCAUCCAAAAACAAAUGGAAGCUCUUAGAGAUGGUGAUAGAUUCUUUUAUCUUAACAAAUUUGUUUUUUCUUCAAAACAAUUGCGAGAAAUUACAAAGUCUUCGUUAUCUCGAGUUUACUGUGACAACCUUAAGACUAUCGUUUCCAUUCAACGAAACGCUUUCUUGACUACACAACAACGAAUAACGUGCGAACGAAUUCCUAAACUUAACCUCAACAUGUGGAAAGAUUCCAAACAAAAACUUGCUGGAUAAUCUUUAUACACGGUGAAGGGAAUUUUCAUUGAACAUAUACUUGAGUUAGAAUUAGUUUUUGUAAUUUGAAUAUUUAACCAUCAUAAUAAGACAGUUAAUUUUUUUGAUAAACCGUACUUUUACACUCAUAUAUCCUUAUAGCUCACAAUAAUGAUAGUUCUAUAGUUUCGUAUAUUUGUAUUUUUGUAAACACAACACAAAACAACUUAGCUACAUAUUUAGAUAUUUCUAAGGUAUAACAAGAACAACUAUAAAAAACUCUCAUUAACUAUUUAAUUACAUGCAUGUAAUUGAAAUGUUUCUAUUCCAAUAUCAUUGCACAAUGAAGCAACAUAUCUAAAUGAAAAA